CGAGUUUAUUGAAGUCGUUUACUUUUGUAAAAAUUAAAAAUAAAGAAACUUAAUGGCUCGUAAACGAAAGAUUCCCGUGCGCAAGCACCACGGCGUCCGCGAUCCCCUCAAGCAGCAGGAGCAGAAGGAGAAGAAGCUCUCCAAAAUCACCAACAAUCCCCCCGAGAAAAAGGACGAGCAGCAGGUGUCCUUCAAGUUCCGCCAGUUCAAGCAGCUGGCCGAUGCCACCAAAACGGGCAAGCGGGUGAAACUGGCCCAAAUUGGCCGGGAAGACAAACCGAAAUCUGCGCCAGGAGCCAAGGCCAGUGGUGCCUCCAAGGAAACGCGGAACAUCAAACAGUUUGCCAACGAAACGGACGAGGAUUACCUGCGCCGUGUGAAUCGCAUAACCAAUGCAUCCGUUAAAGAAGCCCAAUACGAGGCCAAGUACGGCGUGAAUGUCCUAAGGAACCCCAAAACGGGGGAGAUUACCGUCCAAAAGAGGCCCAAAAACGAGAUUGACGAGCUGCUCAAGCAGAAGCAAAAGGAACGCCGUUUGGCGGGGAAAAACGCUCGAAGGAAGCCCAAAGCCGCACAGAAGGCUACUUUGGAUGCCAAGACCAGCCGGGAACUGGUCAAACGGGCCUACAAGGAGGCCCAGCAAGAGGUUGAUAUUGAGGAGAAGCAGAAUGCUGGGCCAACGGAGUACAAACAGGAUGUAGUCGCCUUCGGGGAGAUCGUCCAUGCCCCGCCUUCCCUUAAAGUACUGCCACGCAAGGCAGCAAAGAACGAGACGGUGCCGCGGCCAGGACGCAAGACCAAUCUACUUCUGAAAUCUAUACUAGAUCCUGAGAAAAUCCAGGACCAGCAGGAGGAUGAAGAGGAGAGUAGUCGGGCCAAGUUGGCGGCCAAAUCAAAGAGCAUAUUUAAAACGCCAACCAAGGCCCAAAUGAAGGGCAAGCGAAAGGAUCUGCCUUUGGCCACAAGGUCCAUGCUCGAAUCGGAGCGCAACAAAAUGGUUCUAUUGUACCGUCAGCUUAAGAACAAGACGUCAGCGGAUGCCUGAAAAAACUUAGACUAGAUCUUCACGACUAAUUGAUUUUUUUACCCUAAACCUAAUCACUUAAGCUACGUAAAUGCAUUUGUUAAUUACUGGAAUACAAAAGUCUUUGUAUUUUGGUUUGCAAUGUUUAAUAAGAUUUUUAGUAAAUCUAGUUUUUUACCAAAAAAAAAAUUACAAAGUUAUAA